GCGACAAUCAUCGCGACUCGGCCACUCCGCGGCAUACACUGCAUCCGACGUACCUACAUAUCUUGUUUACCCGGUAGGCAUGCAUAUGGCUACCUGCGGGAGGGGGUCGAUGUCACAAGCCGCGGUCGCGAGUACACCACCCAUCGACGACGCUCGGAAAGAUUCGCCAUGAAAAUUUUCCCGCGAAGCGUCCCUCUGCGGGCAACCCUGAGCGCCGGAGCAGCUCCCUUUGUCUGCCGGUCGUGCCGGCGGUCCUCGCACCGGAAGUUAUCUAGCGCGUCAGCCCGCCGGAGAGAAGCUGACUCAGGUCCGCCUGCGCCGCCCCCGACCGGCUACGCGCGUCUCACCUCGCGCCGGCUGAUCAGCAUCGCCGGUCCUGACGCGCCCAAGUUCCUGCAGGGCCUCAUCACGCAGUCCAUCAUCCCUGGCGGCAGUCGUACUCACAGAGGACAAGGCCGCGACGGGGCUUCCGGCGCGACGCCUGCCGCUACCACCGCUGCGAGCGGUUUCUACUGUGCCUUCCUCAACGCAAUGGGCCGUGUCCUGUACGACGUCUUCGUGUAUCGGGACAUACUGGGCCUCGGGACGGCAGCGGGGUCCGACGGCGAGGCGUUUGUCGUCGAGGUCGACGCCGCGCAGGCCGACGCGCUGGCGAAGCACAUCAAACGGUACAAGCUGCGCAGCAAGUUCAGCUGCCGUGUCAUUGACGAGGAAGAGUGCGCGGCGUGGCAAGUGUGGGAGGACUCUCCCUCUCCCUCUUUUUCCUCCUCGCCACACCCGCAGCAAAUCCUCGACCCGCCCCGGCUCGCACAGCUACAGGGCUGCAUCGUACUUCCAGACGCGCGGGCGCCAGGCAUGGGUUAUCGGGUCCUAGCGCGGGCCCCGUCGCUGGAGCCGCUGCUACUCCCGGCCCUGGGAGGCCAGCCGCCAGCAGGGGGCCUCGCACGCGCCGACGACGACGCGUACCGCUUGCGGCGGUACCUGCGGGGCGUGGCGGAGGGCCAGAACGAGAUUCCGCGCGAACACGCGCUACCCCUGGAGGCCAACAUGGACGUUUCCGGCGGCAUCGACUUCCGCAAGGGCUGCUACGUCGGCCAGGAGCUGACAAUACGCACACGACACCGUGGCGUCGUCCGCAAGCGUAUCCUACCCUGUCUGCUGUACGCCCCCGCCUCUUCUCCUUCCGCAACUACCGCCACCACCGCCGCGCCGCCGCAGAACCUCGAAUAUAGACCAUAUAUAGAAGGAAGGGCAGGGGCAGGGCACGAUGAGGGGGAGGGGACCCGGCUUACCGCCGCCGACGUGCCGCCACUCCUGAGUAUCGGCCGCUCGGGUGCCACGCGCAACCGCAGCGCGGGCACCUGGCUCCGCGGCGUCGGCAAUGUCGGACUCGCGCUGUGUCGGCUCCAAGUCAUGACCGACGUGGAGCUGCCAGGGGAGACAACGACUGGGGCGCCGUUCGACCCGGUAGCUGACGAGUUUUUCGUGCUCUGGGGGGGAGAGGGCGAAGGCAAGCAGCAGUCGGUGAAGAUCAGGGCGUUCGUGCCGGAUUGGCUGCGCGGAAGGCUGCGCGAGGACGGCGCGGGCGCGCAUUAAGGAGGGUGGGUUAGGCCGCCGGCUGUUCUGUCAAUGCUACGGUCGCCCAGUAUAUAUGAAUGUGUGAAAUACGGCCAUUUGGUUCCCGGAGCGGGCCAAAUCGUCACGACGAAUCUCCACCUGAUAUAUAUUACCUAUAUAGAACCCGAUCUGAUAUGUGGCAGGGAUUUAUGUUUGUCCACAGCUGACAGCAUGCGUGGAUUUCACAGGGAAGUAGAACAUAUGUGGGCGUCAAUAAUAAGAAGUAUGGGUCGAAUAUAUGUGAUUCGGCAGUUGACUUCUAUUCUACAGCCUUUGAUAACUACUGUACACUUCUACCGUAAUCUCAGGGGUAUCAU